AUCAAAAAACAUGAUCCUUGUGUAUCCCCCUGUCCCGUCCAGAAACGAAAGUAUCUUGUGGGUCAUAUAUAUUACUGCAUCCUCCACACCCAUGUUCUCCUGAUAUGCAAACUGUAAGGGGUCCACAGCCUGCUGCACCUGAGGCUUGAGAACCCGCAGCAAAAGCCUCUCCAAUGUCUUCAUGAUCACUGAAGUCAGGGCCACUGGUCUGUGGUCCUUCACCCCUACCGGCCUCCCUACUUUAGGGACCGGCACGAGGCAUGAUGUUUUCCACUGGACAGGCACUUGUCCUGUGCGCAGACUCAGGUUGAAAAUUGAUUGUAGAGGCAUCGCCAGUCCUGAUGCACAUUCUCUUAGAACCCGAGGCGAUACGCCAUCAGGACCCGCAGCUUUCCCUGGACGCAGCCUACGUAGUUCAGCAUAAACCUCAUCUAUGGAAAAGCUAUGUGGGGUCACAGCAGUACAUCUGGAACAGCUGCCGGGUGGAGCAGUGCAGGUGGUCACAGCAGAGGGGGUGGUACAACUGCCAGAUGGAGUAGAGCAAGUGGUCCCCACAGAGGAGGUGGUACAGCUGCCGGGUGGAGCAGAGCAGGUGGUCCCAGCAGAGGAGGUGGUACAACUGCCAGAUGGAGUAGAGCAAGUGGUCCCCACAGAGGAGGUGGUACAGCUGCCGGGUGGAGCAGAGCAGGUGGUCACAGCAGAGGAGGUGGUACAGCUGCCGGGUGGAGCAGAGCAGGUGGUCACAGCAGAGGAGGUGGUACAGCUGCCGGAUGGAGCAGAGCAGGUGGUCACAGCAGAGGAGGUGGUACAGCUGCCGGGUGGAGUAGAGCAGGUGGUCCCAGCAGAGGAGGUGGUACAGCUGCCGGGUGGAGCAGAGCAGGUGGUCACAGCAGAGGAGGUGGUACAGCUGCCGGAUGGAGCAGAGCAGGUGGUCCCAGCAGAGGAGAUGGUACAGCUGCCGGGUGGAGCAGAGCAGGUGAUCCCAGCAGAGGAGGUGGUACAGCUGCCGGGUGGAGCAGAGCAGGUGGUCCCAGCAGAGGAGGUGGUACAGCUGCCGGAUGGAGCAGAGCAGGUGGUCCCAGCAGAGGAGGUGGUACAGCUGCUGGGUGGAGCAGAGCAGGUGGUCCCAGCAGAGGAGGUGGUACAGCUGCCGGGUGGAGCAGAGCAGGUGGUCACAGCAGAGGAGGUGGUACAGCUGCCGGGUGGAGCAGCGCAGGUGGUCACAGCAGAGCAGGUGGUCCCAGCAGAGGAGGUGGUACAGCUGCCGGGUGGAGCAGAGCAGGUGGUCCCAGCAGAGGAGGUGGUACAGCUGCUGGGUGGAGCAGAGCAGGUGGUCCCAGCAGAGGAGGUGGUACAGCUGCCGGGUGGAGCAGAGCAGGUGGUCACGGCAGAGGAGGUGGUACAGCUGCCGGGUGGAGCAGAGCAGGUGGUCACAGCAGAGGAGGUGGUACAGCUGCUGGAUGGAGCAGAGCAGGUGGUUCCAGCAGAGGAGGUGAGGGGCCCACUGGCUGAACUGAACCUACUAUAAAAGUGGUUAAAUUCAUUGGCCUUGUCCACAUCGCCCACUGUCUCGCUAACUUUACUUUUGUAGCCAGUAAUGGUCUUCAUACCCUUCCACACCUCCCUUGUACUGUUACCCCGCAUAUUCCAUUGCAGACCCCUUCCAAAGUCUCUUCUGGCCGCCCUUAAACUCUUCCUCAACUC